AUGUACGCAGGGACCAUGUCCAUGUUUCCCCAAGAAGAGCCGGACAGGCAAGCCUAUGGCUAUGCGCAGGCUCUCCCCGCCACACAACACAGCUCAUAUACCGGCAACGGGACAAGCAGUGCGUUCAGCGCCUCGGCGCUGCCCCACGAGGACUGGACACAGAUUGCGGAUCUUGCUGAGCGCCGGAGGAUACAGAACCGCAUCGCUCAGCGUAACUACCGCAAGAAGCUUAAGCGCCGCCUGGAGGACCUCGAGCGUCGCGCGGGUUCCAACGAGCCGGAGGACGAAGAGGCCUCGGACAAGAAGCCCAGCCCACCGCCCACCAAGGCCAAGCGCACACCCAGCAAAGCUGCCUCCAAGGCAAAGACAGAAUUCAGGCCACAGGAAACGGCACCCGAGACGCAGAUGCAUCUCACACCUCCGAUGGAGAACCACGACGACUAUCUCUUCGCGCCUUAUGCCCGGCAGAACUCGCACACGCCUCCCAUGUACCAUUACAGCGGCGCUGCGUACCCUCCACCCGAGGAGACACUACCCAGCAGUUACGAGACGACGAGUCCCUACCAGACACCCGCGACGACACACGACAGCUACGCCUACCCUGCUGUGGCCCCUCUGGUCUCGACAAUGCCGUCCAUGUCACACUUUAGCGAUGCCUACAAGCAGGAGUCGUUCUCUAGCGACGGCGGAUUCAACCACGUCAACCAGCACGGCAACAUCUGGCCAUACUGGAACGUGAUGGACUCCAACGCCAACGCAAUGGCCCCCUACGCCCGGUCCAAUGCUGCUACGCCUCCGCUGUCACAUUCAUUCGAGCAGUCGGCCAACUGCUCCGAGACGGGGCUCGAGCCCCUGGACCUGCCCACGACACCGCUCUCCAUGUCCGAGUCGCCGAGCAUGAUGCCACACAUGGUGGGUGAGGCGGCGAGGGAACUGUACUAG